UCAUCUAGUUUGCUCAUCCGCGGACACUCUCUUUGCGAUUCGGACACAAAGCCUGCGCCCACUCACAAGAGACUAGGAAUAUUUGCAUUUUCACCUCUUCCGCGCUCUUCUGCUCACUGCACCCUCGCAUCCUGCCUCCGCGAACCACAACCCCGCCGGAGCCUCUGCUUCAAACCUUGCCCGGACUCAUCCACUCGGUCGGCUCAUUCGACGCAUCCGUCGUCGUCGUCGUCGUCGCCGCCCGCCCGCCCGCCCGCCCCCUCCUGCCCUGCUGUACAUGCCCACUUUCGGAUUUGCAAAACAUCGUCUGUUGUGGCUACACGCCGCCGAGCCCAAAUGGGUCUCUUUCCUUCUGGCAAGACUCUGCCACUGCAGCCGUCCUCCCGAGGAGAAGCAGGCUGUCGUCUCGGCCUUUUCUUUCAACCAGGGCAACACUCCUGUUGGCCGCCUCUAGUCUCCGCUCCCUCUUUCUCUCGUUCUCUCGUUCUCUCGUUCUCUAUUUCUCUAUUUCUCUAUUUCUUUCUCUCUCUCUUCCCACCUCCUUUCUUCGCUCACUCGGUAUCUUGGCCACUCGACUGUCACUCAUUCUCGUACCUCGGAGCGAUCUGA